CAUGGUGGGAGGUUUACACCUCAAGGUCGUUGCCGGACAAUUUUUUGAUUGACAGUUCGUAACUUUUGUUUUCCACACAACGUUUCUUGGAUGUGCGUUUGAUGUCGACAGCUAGGGAAUUAAAAGAAUCCCCAGUAGCCUCAGCUCAAGCUUAUGUCUUACUGUUUAAUACUGAGGAUAGAAAAUGGUUACCUAGUGGUGGGACAAGAGCACUGUCUUGGAUUCAAAUACUUCAACAGAAUGGUUUAGAUGCUUUUCGUAUUGUCGGUUGGCGUCAACCAGAUAAUCAAGUUGUUGUUAAUUCAGUACUGAAAGCUGGUUUAGAAUAUCAAAUACACGGACAAUUUCAUGAAUGGCGUGAUCCAAUCACUUCAAGAGUUUAUGGUUUACAUUUCCCGGAACAAGAAGAAGCUUCGGUGUUUUUAAAGACAAUCAAUAUUGUUUUGAAUAGACUAACAAAUCCUGAUGGUAAACAUUCGGUUGAUGGGAGUGUUGUAAAUACGAAUUCACGUGAAUAUGCUCAACCUUUUAUUUCAUCUACAACGAAUGAUACAUGUAAUCGUUCAACGACUACUACAACAACGAUAUCAGCAACGUCACCGUCUAAAGUUGGCGGAUGUACAAUCGUCAUUGCACCGAUUCAUAAUGGUAGUCAUACUUCAUUGGAUAAAAUUACACAAAAUGAAAAUAGAAAUAUCAACGAAACUUUUUAUUUACCAAAGGAACCUGAACCUAGUGAACUGUCGAAUUAUGUUUAUCAAGAUCCAAGUCAUCAAACUAUUCAACGAAAUCAGCCUUAUUCAAUGUCUUUAACAACAAAUCCUAAUAUCAUAACUGCUACUACUGCAAAUGGUAAAGAUAUUGAUGCCUUUCAAACACAUCGUCGUCAGUUGUCUUCUGCAUCAUCAAAUAGUUGUUCAGGUUAUGCAACAGGUCCUGGAACAGCAGCUGCUCCAUCAUCAGCUUCAUCCUCUGCUGGCUACGGUUAUGGAUAUGGUUAUGGUUCAGGUAGUCUGGCGAGUUAUGCGAGUAGUAGUAGUGGGAGUAGUAGUCUUGGUGGUAAUGGUGCUGUUGGAGGAGGUCCUGUUAGUGGAGCAGGAGCUGGAGGAGGCGUGGGCGGAGGAUAUUUGGGGACAACAAUGAAUCGUUUAGGAAGUGGAAAUAUGAAGAAUACAAGUUUAGGUGGAGGUGACUCCUGCAAUUGGAUUGGCUUAAACUCUCAAGCAUGUCGUGAAACUGACAGUGUUGUUCCUGGUAGUAGAGACAAUUUAGGCGCAUCGUCAUCAUCAAUACCACCACCUCAUGAAGAUGAAUUAAUGAAACAAUCUGAAUCAUCUGGAUUAGCUGCUAUGCUACAAGAAGCUAUUGCUGCACGUAUGCGAAAUAAAACGACACGUUGUCUAUCUACAGAAAUGAAAUUACCACCAUCUUCUAACACUGGUACCAAUCAAACGUCAACAACAAAACCGCCCGCUCCACCACCACCACCACCCUUACCCCCACCAUUAUUAUCGUCUGUUGCACAAACCAAUGUCACUAAUAGUAGUACUGAUCAUGUGCAUACAGUAAAACGUACAGAUUCAAUGCAACAAUUGAGAAAAGAUUCCAUCGAUCAGAAAUCAUCAAUGAUUGCUGAAAUCCAACGUCGUAUAGAAGCAAGACGACGUCAAAUUGAAGCAGCUGAAGAAGAAGAAUCGAUUGCUAAAGAAAGUCAAAGCGUGGAAUCAUCUGCCUGUGUUUCUACUGAUAAUACCACCGGUUUCAAUGGUGCUUCUAGCGUUGGUAAUGUUCCCGCCUACAUAACUUCCAACCGUAAUCAAACCAAUUCUGUGGAUUCACCAUUGAACACUCAAAAAGGAGUGGUCAAUUCGAAUACUGCUUCAACAUUAACAUCAACAAAUAUUAUACAGUCAAGUGUAUUACCAUUCAGUAGAACAGAAUUAGAAAUAUUACGUCGUGAAAUAAUCAUUGAAUUACGUAAAGAAGUUCAACUGGCAAAAAAUGAAAUUUUAGAUUGUAUCAAAUUGUACAAAGCUGUUUAAACACACUCAAACAUAUAGACAUCCGUAUUUUGCUUUUCCUGUCUGUACAAUAUCCAGUGGAUAUAUACAUACGUCAGACUUCUUUUUUUAAAAACAAAUUGGCGUCCAAUUUAAUUUAUUGUAAUCACAUAUGUAAUUUAUUGUAUUUCUUUAUAUACGUUACAUAUAAGUUAGACGCAUAUACACGAUUGUAUAACCGGAACUUAACUCUCUAACCAAAACUGUAAGAUACUAAAGAACAAGCUAACUUUAGGUGAACACUAAUCAUUCAUUGGUUCCAUGCUUAUCUCUUUCCUCUAUGUGUAUCUAUGUCACGCUGACAUGUACUUGUGAGAAUGGGUGUGUUAUUGUAAUACAUCAUACAUAUACUCUUUUCAUUGGUGCCUCAUUCAUAACUCACUACUAAUAAAGAUAUAUAUGUUUGUAAAGUGCUUAUUUUCAAGUGUGUGUUACUGUAGUUAUCUUUCGUUUCUCUACUUUUAUUUUAUCUUCAAAUCAUAUUUUUUGUUGAUUUUCACUUUCUGUCUUCUGUUUUUAAUCAUUUUUAUUUGAUGCUUAACACAUUCCAUGUUUCCCUUGGUGAUUUUUCAACGAAACGAUCUCAUACUACUUAAUAAGGUUUUCAGUAGUUAAAAGUAAAUUAGCUUUGUUUUUAUUUUUUAAAUCGUACAUCAUACAGUAAGGAUAGUAGUUUGAAUUGUACUCAUUUUUAUUUUCUGAUUUCUUUGUUGGUUCAUUUUUGUGUUUUUAUUUACUUAUUAUGGCUAUUAUAUGCGGAUAUAUAUAUAUGCACACAUACACAAGUAAGCUUGCAUUUCGCCUCAAAUGUAUUUGUAACCACCUGCCAUUUAAUUAAUUAGUACUAGGCAUUUUUAAACUAACCAAGUUCUUUUGUAUUGUGGAUAAUUUCUGCAUUACCUCUGAACUAUAAUCUAAUCACAAUAUAUGCGCCUUUUUGUGGGCGAGUUUGUGGCUGUCUCUUUAUGUGUGUGUGUGUGCCUCGUCGUAUAUAUGCAUACAAGGUUCCCGCCUAUGUUUGAGAUUUAACUCUUUUCUUCAAAUGAACCAGGUGUGUUGUAUUAUACGUCUUUGAAGUAUACUUUUCCUCGUCUCUUCACCCCUCUCUCUUUCACUUUCCUCACACACACGCGAACACUCGCUGUCUCAAUUGAUCUCUGGCUUAUAUUUUUUUCUUUUUGGUUCUUUUGUUUUAAUUUUGGGUGGUGUACCUAUAUAUAUUAUAUUUGGUUAUAUUAUUACAACAGGGUGUUUGUUUUGCAAGUACUUUCUAUUUUAUUUCACUUUUUAUGUGCGUGUUUGUAUAUGCGCCUUACUUCAUUCCUGAUCUGUUGUUUGUCUGUGAAAUAUGGUGAUAUGGUUAUCUGCA